AUGGGCCUGGAAGACAGAUUCUCCAUCUCUGACGCCCGUACGCCAGUGACCGACAACGCCGGGACCGGCAAUAACACAAAUACUGGCAAUGUGGCCCAUCUUCCAAGCGCCAGCAAUGGUGAUGUUGUGAACGCCAGCGAUGCCGAUUUGAAUGUAUCCGAGUCCUUGUCGAACAGCAACUCCAUCUAUCGUGGCCCCCCUGAUCAAGCCGUGCCCGAGACACCGACCACUUCAAUUACUUAUCAAACAGCCACUUACUAUUCUUCGUUCGGAGCUCCAGGUCAAUAUGCCGAAUCCGCACAAGACGAGCCCACUGGCGAAGAGCCACCUCGAAAGCGGCGCCGUCCCGCUCUUUCUUGCGAGCCUUGUCGUCGUCGAAAGGUUCGCUGCGACCGAAUGCAUCCAUGUGGUCCCUGUGUGCGGAUGAGAGUUCAGCAGGCUUGCGAGUAUAACAACCGCUUUCCUCGGGCUGGAAUUCCACCGGGCGUUGAUGAGUUUGCUGUUCCCGGAACAGCUGAGCAUCGCGCGCGGAAUUCGGCCCAAGAAACGCCUUCUCGCGGUUUCGCAGACUUCGAAAGCGAAGUUCGACAGCACGGUUACCCGUCUGCUCGAUCGACGCCUUCAAUUCGAGAGACAAACGGGAACGAUUAUCCUCCACCAGAGUCUGCUCGUACAGUAUCCUCGUCCCUGGACGAGCUUCAGCAGACGGUUAGAGAGCUACAAUACCGUGUCAGCAGAACUGAACGGCUGGAGUCCAGCACGCCGAAUGCAGUCUAUGAUGACCGUACUCUGUGGGAGCAAAUGAGAACGCUUCAGGAAAAGGUUGAGGGGCUCGAGGCCCGGAUAUCUCGCACUGAAACGAUUCCACCCACCAGUCCUGUCAGCACUGCUCCCAAGGCAUCUGUUACAGAUUCUAGUACUGAACGCGACGAACAGCAACGUGCUGGGCUUUCUUUGCCAAUUCCACCACCGCGCGUACGAAAAGAAACCUCUAAGUUCUAUGGCCCUACCCAUUACGUCCAUCUUUUCAAUGCCCAGACAGACUGUCUUGCACGCAUGCUAGCCGAUCAGGGCAGCUCCAAAUUCAACGUGCCGCAGGACCGCCGCACAAUAUCAGUGAUUGACCUCUUCAACCACGUUCGCGCUCUCAGGAGAACUAUCAAAGAAAGCAGGCGCGUCAACACAGUAGAUCCUAUCCGACAUGCAAUCGAGUCUGUGCGCUUUUGGAACGCCAGACACAAUCUUGCCGGACUCUACUUCAACCACUGCGAAGGCCUGUUCCGCAUUCUUCACACUCCAUCCUUCACGAGUCAAUACGACCAGCAUCGUGAGCUAAUUGCGCGUGCGCCUCCUGCAUUAUUAGCUCAAUUUAUUCUUGUCUGCGCGAUUGGAGCUGCCUUCGUAGACGAUCAAUCCGAACUGAAGAGUCUGGCUGGAAAAUGGGUGUAUUCUGCCCAAUCAUGGUUGACUGGACCGGACGAAAAGGCGCUCAGUGACGGAAUGUCCGUUCAGAGCUGGUGCCUGCUCGUUUUGGCGAGACAACUCAAUCGGGUCGGCACAAAAGAACAGACGUAUGCCCUAGCUGGAUCGAUGGUAAGGGCUGCGGUUUCGAUCGGACUUCAUCGUGAUCCAAUGCAUUUCCAGGAAAUGGGACCCAUCCGGACAGAGAUACGACGUCGAGUUUGGAGUACCGUAUUGGAGCUUUCCCUUUCAGCAUCAAUUGAUGCGAAUGCGCUGCCGUUGAUGUGUCUUGAUGACUUUGAUACCGAACCGCCAUCCGGAUAUGAGGACGAGUUGCUGCAGGAAGGUGCCUCAAUAAUGACGAGUAUUCCAGCUUCUUCGAACCAGAUUACUUCGACCUCUUCCCAAACCUUGCUGAGGCAUUCUUUUGCAACGAGGCUAGAAGUUGCCCGCACGCUCAAUUCCUUCAAGCACGACGCUCCUCGGGACAAGACUAAUCGUCUUUACAAAGAGCUUCAGGAUGCAAUACUGCACGCCAUGACACAUCAGGAAAGCAAAAUGGGGUCUAUGAAUCUGCAACUGCUUUUCUCGGUCUUGGAGAUUGCAAAACUUCAAAUCUGCUGCGCGUGUAUGUCCGCGUGCAACACUCAAUCUAGUCCACAUUUCGAUUGGUAUAAAGCUGAAGCAGCCAUGAUCUCACAAGAAUUACUCUCGAAACCGUUGAAGGACGACCAAAGCUCAAUAGGUUUAAGUCCGCUUGGAAAUCUGGCUCUUCGUCGUUCAAGAGGAUUAUUCAAGUCCAAUUUCUCGCCUCAUGUCCUUCACAUCGGAGCUCAAGAACUUCUUCAGAGACUGCGCGAUCCAACAAAUGCAAACACAACGUUGGGAGUAGAGCUUAGCAAUCAUUGGGCAGGCAUGCUUGAACGAAAGGAACUGGAGUGUCUUGAACUCAUUAAGUCAGGCGAUGCGAGCUGUAAAUGCUACGUCUAUUUGCAUGUCACCAAUGCGAUGACCAGGGCUUUGGAACAGGGUCGGUCCGCAGAGGCAGCGGUGCCCCGGGCUUUGGCAGAAGCUCUACGUACGUGCGUUGUGGAGAUGCAAAAGCUGGUUGAUGGUGUUCCAGGGAUGACUGUUCCUGAACUCAAUGAUGUCGACCUGUCCUUUUUCAAGGACAUUGAUUUGGGUGCUGAUCCUGGCUGGCUGCUAGGAAUCUGGGACGUUGAAGCUAGCGACAGCAGCGAUCAACGCUCAAGGGAGAAGGACCGCUACCAAAAGGAAGUCCUAGACAAUUAA